ACCAGGUGAGGUGAUGUCGGUGAUGACUUCUUUUGAGUUUUGGUCGAUAAAUAAAAACAAAAAUAUUUCAACAGUUUUAUUCAAAUAAAUAAGAUAAGAAUCCAAAAACAAUGUACUUUUAAGCAAUAACAAGAGGUAUUUACCACAAUCAUUCCUAUUCACGGCAACAGGUAUGGGUAAUUCAGGCCUGAGACAGCAUAUCGAAACAGCCCAGAAAACUGGAGUCCUAAAAGUUUCGCCAGGGAAGCUGAACCAGUUUCCGCCUGGUUUCAAACAGCUCGAAGGAUGCCUGCGAACGUUGGAUCUUUCGGACAACAAGUUCGUAGUAUUGCCCCCCGAAAUCAGUCGUUUUAUGCAGCUGAGACACUUAAAUUUAAGCAAGAACAAAUUAAACAAAUUACCAGAUUCGAUUGGUGCCCUAACGAAAUUGGAAACUUUUAAUUCUAGUGAUAAUAAUUUAACAUGUCUACCCAGAACGUUUUCGAAUUUAAUUCAUUUGAAGCAGGUAAUUUUAAGCGGUAAUCAAAUUAAAGAAUUCCCAAAUGUUUUUGGGGGUUUGAAACAUCUAGACGUUCUUGAUUUAUCAAACAAUGCAAUCGAAACCAUUCCAAGUGACGUAUCAACAUUGUACAUUAUUGAAUUAAAUUUGAAUCAAAAUGAAAUAUCACAUGUUUCUUCAGAGAUAGCCAAUUGUGCCCGACUGAAGACAUUGAGAUUAGAGGAGAAUUGUUUAACUUUAAACGCUAUACCUCCGAAAUUAUUGUUGGAAAGUAAAAUUUCUAAUUUAACUCUAGAAGGGAAUUUAUUUGAAAUGAAAGAGUUAGCUCAUAUUGAAGGAUAUGAUGCUUAUAUGGAACGAUUUACAGCUGUUAAGAAAAAAUUAUUUUAGAUAAUUAAGCUUUAAUGUGUGUAAAAGAGUUAAGUGUAACCUAUUGAAAAUUCGGUUCUUUACAGACCAAAAAUACAAAAAUAUUUAUGGAUAAUUGUAUGAUGUUUAAAUGUUUGAAUAUGGGUGUUAGAUAAUUAUGACUAAUGUAUCAAAAAUUAGUUCCUUAUAUUUUGCAGUUUUUGUCUGAUACAUUUUAUUCUAAGCUUCCCAGUGUCCAUACAUCUAUACUAUGAUUUUUUAAUCGACCAUUAGAUUUAAGUAUAUUUAUCUUAUCUAAGUCCUAAGAGUACCUCCUCACUAUUAUUAUUAAUAAGAAAGGCAUUUCAACACCAAUAACAAAUUUUUCUUAUGAUACAUAUUUUAAAGUAACAUAUAACAUACAAUGUGGCUUUUGUGUGUAUGUAUGUGCAAGCAGAAAUAUCAAUAAUAUGCACUAAAAAAGAAUUUUAAAAGUAUGUUUCUUCAAUACCUAAUUAUAAUGUGCUUAGUUUAGAUUUAGGCUUCAAAUAUUUCUGAGCUUUACAAAUAACGUGUCAAUUUAUAAACAACUGAUGUUUCACUUGAUAAAAAGUGAAACACAGAUAUUCUAUACUCAUGUGGUUCAAUCUGCGCUUUAAUAAAGGCUGUAAAUCCUUCCUUUGUAUAUUAUGAUGUCCACAAUUUACAAAGAAAUCUAUAUAUUUUUGUCAUUGGAAAUUUAUUGCUAUUUUCUGAGGUUGUUGCAUGAACUAUUUACAAGCUUUAUAUGGCCUUUCAACUUUGCAAAAUCUGUUUUUGUCAAAAUAGCAUAUUUAUCUGGAGAAUUACAUAUUAUUGUAACAAUCAAUUUACAAUUUUAUAGAAUUAAGAGAAAGCAGAUUUUUAUGAAUUUGUAUUGUUUUUGAGUUUACACAUAUCCAAAUCAAAUUAUACUUCUAUUAUACACAGGUUUUGUUAAAAGUAGUAUUUUGUUAUAUACCUAUUUUUUUUUAUCUAGAUUUAAGAAUUCAGU